AUGACACACCAUGUCCGGCGUCUCACGAAAUCUACUGUCGUGAAGACAGUAACCCUGUCUAUGGGCUGUUCGUCGAGGCAGAAGGCCAUGCGUUUUGUCGCUGAACAUACUUCCAUCCCUGUACCGAAGAUGUACGAUGUCUGGGCUUCCGAUGACAAGAUUGGCUACCUCGUCAUGGAGAAAUGGCGCUCACUUACCCAUGACCAGAAAGUCACAGUUAUGCGUACACUGAGGGGUUAUGUCGACCAGUUGCGCGCGGUCCAGCAACCCGGUAAAGCGGGGUGGAUUGGGUCCGUUUCUGGCCGAGCAUGCCUGGACUUGGCAUUAAUUGAUGCGCUCAGCGGCCCGUUCGCCAGCGAGGAAGAGUACAAUGAUUGGAGAAUUUCGCUUUUCUCAUGGUACGCCAACGAAAGCCCCAAAGUCAAGCAUCAGUUGGAUGACAUUCGACAGCAAAUGCGACACGAUCACUGCAUUGUCCUGACACACGGUGAUAUCGCCCGCAACAAUGUGCUCAUCCGUGUGGAUGGAGACGGCCCCGGCAAUGUCUCCGUCGUCGCGCUGAUUGAUUGGGGUCAAACGGCAUGGCGUCCGGAAUAUUGGGAGGCCAGAAAGUUCUACUGGGUUGCACCCCGGAACGACUGGUUUUCCUUGGGCGAAGAACUGCUAUUGUCGGGAUAUCAGAAAGAAAUCGAGAUAGAAGAACGACUUUUACUUAUCUCAGGUCCCCCUCGGUAG